UCUGCACCGAGCAGCCGCGGGCCGGGCCCAUCCCGCCGCAGCAGUCCCCGGGCGCAGUAGAGGUGAGGCGGGUCGGGGCGAGCAGCUCACGGAGAGCCCCGGAACGGCGCCAGAAUGGUGCUGGAAGGAAAUCCGGAAGUGGGAUCGCCUCGAACCUCCGACCUCCAGCACCCAGGGAGCAAGGGCUCUUGCAUCCUCUCUUCUGGUGAAGAAGCGCUGCCAGGCGAGGAACCCAUCAAGUAUGGUGAACUCAUCGUCCUGGGCUACAAUGGGUGCCUAGCUAAUGGGGACAAGGGCCGCCGCCGAAGCCGCCUGGCACUGAGCCGCCGGCCGCAUGCCAACGGAGUGAAGCCGGAUGUCAUGCACCACAUCUCCACACCGCUCAUCUCCAAGGCCCUGAGUAACCGAGGCCAGCACAGCAUCUCAUACACACUGUCCCGGAGCCACUCAGUCAUAGUGGAGUACACACACGACAUCGACACAGACAUGUUCCAGAUUGGCCGCUCGACUGAAAACAUGAUUGACUUUGUGGUGACAGACACAUCUCCUGGUGGAGGGGCCACAGAGGGCCCUUCUGCCCAAAGUACCAUCUCCCGCUAUGCCUGCCGCAUCCUUUGUGACCGCCGGCCACCCUAUACUGCCCGAAUCUAUGCUGCUGGCUUCGAUGCCUCUAGCAACAUCUUUCUUGGAGAGCGGGCAGCCAAAUGGAGGACUCCCGAUGGUCUGAUGGACGGCCUGACCACCAACGGGGUCUUGGUGAUGCACCCAGCAGGCGGCUUCUCCGAGGACUCUGCCCCAGGUGUCUGGAGGGAGAUUUCUGUCUGCGGGAAUGUGUACACACUGCGGGAUAGCCGCUCAGCCCAGCAGCGGGGGAAGCUGGUGGAAAACGAAUCCAACGUCUUGCAAGAUGGUUCGCUGAUUGACCUGUGCGGGGCCACACUGCUGUGGCGCACUCCGGCAGGGCUGCUGAGGGCACCCACCCUGAAACAACUCGAGGCCCAGCGACAGGAGGCCAACGCGGCCCGGCCCCAGUGUCCCGUGGGUCUCAGCACCUUGGCCUUCCCCAGUCCCGCCCGUGGCCGCACAGCACCUGACAAGCAACAGCCCUGGGUCUACGUCCGCUGUGGUCACGUCCAUGGCUACCAUGGCUGGGGCUGCCGGAGGGAGCGAGGCCCCCAGGAGCGCGAGUGUCCUCUCUGCCGCCUUGUGGGACCCUAUGUGCCCCUGUGGCUCGGCCAGGAGGCCGGGCUCUGCCUGGACCCUGGGCCACCCAGCCACGCCUUUGCACCCUGCGGCCACGUGUGUUCUGAGAAGACUGCUCGCUAUUGGGCGCAGACGCCACUGCCACACGGCACCCACGCUUUCCACGCAGCCUGCCCCUUUUGUGGGGCUUGGCUCACUGGUGAACAUGGCUGUGUCCGCCUAAUUUUCCAGGGGCCGCUGGACUAGGUUCUCUAGCGUCCUUGCUGCCAUGCCCGCCUGCCCACCCAGGUCCCCCAUCUCCUGCUGUUCAGAUGGAGUUCUGCAUGUGGGAUUCUGCCUGCUGGCAAUAGCCACACCAGUUGGACACAUAGGCUGGGCUGUGACCCUCCCUUCAAUUCUCACCUCUAAGAGGGUCCCUGAGAUCUCUAGCCCAGUCAUACUGAUAGGGACUUUAGCACCAGCUCUGCCCCAGGCUGAUGGAGGGCGCCCCACGCCCCUGUCCUUCCUGGGGUAUCCUACAUCACGCGCCGCCUACACUGUGCCCCUGGGGGAGUGAAGGGGCCAUGGCCCCUGACUUCCAGCUUAGGCUGGUUGCUCUGAACCAGCCAACCCAGUGACAGCUGUCCCUCCCUCCUGCUGCCGCCCUGGGUUACUCUAUAAACCUUGUUGCUCAGCUGCCCUCCCAGAUCCACGUGUCCCGAAUGCAUGCAGUACCUCCAGUCCUCAGUGAGUGAUGAGCUGACAGGCAUUUGCUGACUCCCAGUACAGGCAGUGUAGUGCCAAGUGGAGGAGACACGGACAGUUGAAUCCGGUUCUCCACGUGGUGGAGUUCACAGCCUAGUGGAGGGUGGACAGCUUCGUGUGUGUUAGGGUCAGAGAAUUCCAGGGCUGCACAACAACCCUUGCUGGAUUUGGCAAAGUAAGAGGCUUCAUGGAGGAGCUCAGCCUCCAUGGUGGCUUGGGAUCUUCCUGGCCCACAAGGUAAUGGCUCUGUACCCUCUUGGCGCAGACUCAGUAAGAGAGUAGGGGUGGAGAAACAGAUUAAGGGGACACUGGAGUGUAGGGCAUGGCUCUGGUGGAGAAAUCAGAUUGUCAUUUGUGGAUAGGAGUCACAGCUGGGGGAGGCUCACUGCUCCACAGCAACCGCCUCUGACACAAGGGCUACCAUUGCUGAAUAUUCAUUGCGUGCCCCAGCCCAUCCUAACAGUAAUCACAGCUGCAUUCACUAGGUACCAGGGCUCUGCUUCUCAAAGAUGUUGUUUAAUCCUCACAGUGAUCCAAGAAAGGAGGUGUCUCCACUUGGGUUCAUAGAGAGAUAAGGUUACAGCCUGGUUGCAACCACCCGUCUCGGCUCAUACUAAGGCUGGGCAGGACAGAGGCAAGGCUGGUUAGAGUCUGUUUCGUGGAGGAGCUGGAGAAGGUAGGAUAUCUACCUACUCAGUGCCCAGCCCCAUGCAGGGCCCCAGCAAUGAGCAAGGGCUCCCAGUUAGAGGAGGGACGUGUGUGACUAAUGGCAGAAACUGAUCACCACGUCCUGUUGGCCACCUGGACAUGCUGAGGUUGUUCUGAGCAGUUGGAUGGCCCCAAACCAGAGCCACAUCUUCAAUGGCAGACACAGUAGAGGCAGGAUGCAGUUAGGAGAGGAGCCUGGGUAAGGGCAAUAGGAUAGAAGGGCAGGGAGAAUGCCUAACAGCCAAUAUGCAGGGCAACAGAAAAAGAUGGGAUCAGGGUUGUCGGCUAGGACCUGGUGGGUCUUGGUGACUGUGGAAGCCAAGUCAGUGCCGAACGUCUCCCUAUUCCUCCUGUUUGUGAGUCAGGUCUUCCUGUGAGCCAAGGCCUGAGCUGGGUUUCCUCUGGCCAUUCAAGGGAAAGUUGACCAGGAAAACCAGUAUAGACAGACUAUAGAGAAAUAAAAGAAGAUGGUUCUGUGUGUAGAACUUUCUUUGUCCUCAGGGCAAGGCAGAAGCCAGAGCCUUAGGGAGGUGCAGAAGGCAGCUGUCACAGAACAGGCUGGGCAUCCCAUAGCUACAGUGCGAUGCAUGGCAGAAGGGGCUGCCAGAGUGCAGGGAGCAUUUCAACCCUCCCCCAAAACACUAGAAACUGCCCAGUUCUUGCUAGUGACCCUGCUGAGGACCAGGCAGAGGAACACACUCUGAUCUCAUUUCUGGUGUUGAAUCUCAGACUCUGGGAAAAAGGACAAACAAAAGGUGCCUGACUGGGCUUUGGGAAGAACUCAGUCUGGUGGUGUGAGCCAGCUCUUGGAGUUUCAGAUUCCACGACUUUUAAAUGGAAUGUCGGUCUCUAACGAUAGGCAUGGUGGCAUGUGCUUGUAAUCCCAGCAUUUGGUAGGCUAAAGGAGGACGAUUGUGUGUUCAAGGCUAGUCUGGGCUACAUGGCAAAAACCCCAUCU